UUAAGGCUGAAGAUACAUAUGUGAGGAGUGAUGAGCAGAUCAUAGAGGACAUUCCCACCGAUAACCACCCAGGGUCAGGUGGAGUUUGGCCUGCGAGUCCUCAGAGGAUUGGUAACCUUUGCCAAGAAUUCCUACAUGAUCCUAGGGGGAGACUUCAAUAUGGUACUCGACCCGGUGGUCGAUACAUCCUCAGAUGACUAUACCAGGAGCUCAAAGGAACAUUUUAUAUCAUCAGAUUUUAAAACCGAUGAUUGUGGUGUCAUAGAAGAUACACAUAAAGAGCAUGCCAUUAUCCCACAUGUAUCCUCAGCCUUUCACAGCAUAGAUCCAUCAUCUGAUCCUUUGGAUGGAUUUCAAUCUUCUGAUUUAUCACAGACUAUUGAGCAAAAUAAAAGUCACAACAGAAGUGUUCAACAUCAAAAAACUUACCCAGGAAAGAAGACAUUUUCAUGCUCAGAAUGUGGGAAAUGUUUUAACCGUAAAUCAGUUCUUGUUUUACAUGAGAGAAUUCACACAGGGGAGAAGACAUUUUCAUGCUCAGAAUGUGGGAAAUGUUUUAACCGUAAAUCAGUUCUUGUUAUACAUGAGAGAGUUCACACAGGGGAGAAGCCAUUUUCAUGCUCAGAAUGUGGGAAACGUUUUAACUAUAAAUCAGAUAUUGUUAAACAUCAGAUAGUUCACACAGGGGAGAAGCCAUUUUCAUGUUCGAUUUGUGAAAAACGUUUUAACCGAAAAUCAGAUCUUGUUCUACAUGAGAGAAUUCACACAGGGGUGAAGCCAUUUUCAUGUUCAGAAUGUGAAAAACGUUUUAACUAUAAAUCACAUCUUGUUAUUCAUCAGAAAAUUCACACAGGGGAGCAGCCAUAUUCAUGCUCAGAAUGUGGAAAACGCUUUAACCAUAAAUCAGAACUUGUUAGACAUGAGAGAAUUCACACAGGGGAGAAGCCAUUUUCAUGUUCAACAUGUGAAAAAUGUUUUAGCCAAAAAUCACAACUUGUUCUACAUGAGACAAUUCACACGGGGGAGAAGCCAUUUUCUUGUUUAGAAUGUGGGAAAUCUUUCACAAAGAAAGCAAGUCUUGAUGCACAUUACAGAAUUCACACAGGUGAGAAGCCAUUUUCAUGCUCAGACUGUGGGAGACGUUUUAACUAUAAAUUAGUUCUUGUUAAACAUCAGAGAAUUCACACAGGGGAGAAGCCAUUUUCAUGCUCAGAAUGUGGGAGACGUUUUAACUAUAAAUCAGGUCUUGUUAAACAUAUGAGAACUCACACAGGGGAGAAGCCAUAUUCAUGUUCAGAAUGUGAAAAAUGUUUUAAUCAAAAAUCAGAUCUUCUUAAGCAUCAGAGAAUUCACACAGGGGAAAGGCCGUUUUCAUGCUCAGAAUGUGGAAAACGUUUUAACCAUAAAUCACAUCUUAUUAUACAUGAGAGAACUCACACAGGGGUGAAGCCAUUUUCAUGCCCAGAAUGUGAAAAAUGUUUUAACUAUAAAUCACAUCUUGUUAUACAUCAGAAAAUUCACACAGGGGAACAGCCUUAUUCAUGCUCAGAAUGUGAAAAACGUUUUAACCAAAAAUCUGAUCUUGUUAUACAUGAGAGAAUUCAUACAGGCGAGAAGCCAUUUUCAUGUUCAACAUGUGAAAAAUGUUUUACCCAUAAAUCACAACUUGUUAUACAUGAGAGAAUACACACAGGGGAGACACCAUUUUCUUGUUUAGAAUGUGGGAAAUCUUUUACAAAGAAAGCAGGUCUUGUUGCACAUUACAGAAUUCACACAGGGGAAAAGCCGUAUUCAUGCUCAGAAUGUGGGAAAUCUUUUAUAGAUAAAUCACAUCUUGGUAAACAUCAAAAAAUUCACACAGGGGAUAAGCUAUUUUCAUGCUCUGAAUGUGCGAAAUGUUUUAUGGAUAAUGCACAUCUUGUUGUACAUGAGAGAAUUCACACAGGGGAGAAACCAUUUUCAUGCUUAGAAUGUGGGAAAUGUUUUACAGAUAAAUCAAAUCUUGUUAAACAUCAGAGAAUUCACACAGUGAAGAAGCCAUUUUAAUGUUAAGAGUGUGGUAAAUGCAUUAAUCAUAAAGCAGAUCUUAUUAGACAUUAGAGAAUUCAUAUAGGGAAAAACUUCCAUGUUCAGGAUGUGGGAAAUGUAAUAGAAUUAAGUCAAAUCUUCUCACAUAUAAGAGAAUUCACACAGGGACGAAGACAUUUUCAUGUCACCUCUAAUUGCACAUUAAUGAACUUAUAGAGGAAAAAUUUUUUUUUUUGUUCACAAUGUGGGAAAUGUUUUAUUCUCACAUCAUAUCUUUUUAAAGAUUAAAGGGAGUCUGUCACGAGAAAAUUCACUGGUAAACCAAGCACAAAGCCUUGUAGGGCUAGCCCAGCUGAAUGGAAUGAUAUUUGUUUCUUCAUUCUGGAGAAAUCAAUCCAGCAGGAAAGCAGCCAUUUUUGAAGUAGCACUCCCUCAAAAAAAAUGUUUCUCUGACCUGUAUAUGAUGUAAACUGUAGUGAUGGUAAUCUUCUUACCAGUGAUAGUAUGUGUUAUAACCUCUCUUCUGAUCAUUAGCUGUGUCAUGUGACCAGCACUCUGAUUUCCAACAGACACAGGGCAAGAAGUCAGUUACCUCUCUAUUCAUUUCUAUGAGACUGAUAUUGAGGCUCCUAUAGGAAUACAUGGAGACAGGGACGUAGCUAUAGGGGGAGCGGCUGCUUUGGCGCCCGAACUCAGAAGGGGCCCACCCAGGAGGAGGACUAAAAGAUAUUAUUCUCAGGGCAUCCUCAAGAGUAUUAUACAAUGACAUUAUAUACAGAGACAGUGUAGGAAAUGUACGGAGCGGCUGCCGGGCCUUGUCUGAGAGAGCGAUCUUGACUCG